AUGCGUGAUGAUGAAACCCUGUCUGCGUAUCUUACUAGGCUAAAUGAUUUGAUAAACCAAAUGAAAAUGUUUGGAGAAAUUCUUUCUAAUGAGAGAUUAGUUCAGAAAGUUUUAAUUAGCCUUAGUAAACCAUAUGAUCCCAUAUGUCUAGUUAUUGAGAAUACAAAGAGCUUGGAGACUGUAGAAUUGCAGAAGGCUAGAGAGUGUACUGCAGGAAAAAUAGUGCAGAAGGCUAAUAAUGCAAAUCAAGCAGAAGUGUCAGGAAAUCUGUUUUAUGCAAAUAAUGCAAUUACUGAGGCUAAAGUGAAUGGAGAAUGGUAUAUUGACAGUGGAUGUAGCAAUCAUAUGACAGGAAAUGUGAAUCUUCUUGUUGAUGUGAGAAAUAACAUUGCAGGCAUAGUUCAAAUGCCUACUGGAGACCUUGUAAAUAUUGAAGGAAUGGGUUCUUUGGCUAUUGAUACUAAUAAGGGAAGAAAGUAUGUCAGAGAAGUCAUGUAUCUUCUUGGAUUAAAGAAGAACUUACUCGGUGUUGGUUAA